AUGAGUUUAAGAAUUAUCCCUGAAUCCACUCAACCAAGUGCUGUUGACAGUACAAAAUUCGGCCCAGGUGCUCCAUCUGCUCCAGGUAUACAAGAUAUAUUGAGAUCAGACGAAGGUCCAUUGAACAUAAGCUCCAAGAUCAACAACAGACAUCCAUUGGAAAGCAGAAUCCAAAACUGGGAAACUACACAACAUGAAUUGAAAUUAGAACAAUAUAGACGUAUAUUUGGUGCUGCUGAGCCAAUCAAGAGAACAAUGGAGUUGAAAAUUGUUGAGCAGACAGAUUUCAUGCCUAAUGCUUUAGGUAAUGCCUCUAAUGUGCAUAGAGAUAUUUUGUUGAAUAAGGAUACUUCAAUUGACUGGGAAGAUAUUUAUACAGGUCAAAAUUCAUUCCAACAGAGAGAUUUCCACUCAGAUUUGGAAAGAAAAAUGGGUAUAUAA